AAAUCUUGAGGGGGUAAAAUUCGAAAUAAAGGAAAAAGAAAGGGGGGGGGGGGUGGGGAAACAAAGAAGGAGAAACAAAUAAUGAGAUGCCCGUUGAGAACUUUGAAAAAGAUAGGAGGAGACACAUGGCCGACAAUAUUUAAAAUGAACGGCCGAGAUUAACUUAGAUUACUCAGAUUUGAUAGGAAGAAGAAGAAGAAGAAAAAAAAAACGUUUAAUUGAGUGUGUGGUAGGGUUUGUGGAAGAAAAUUCGAACUUCCAACUUGAAAUAAGCUCUGCCGACCGUUUAGAUUUUUCUCUCCUUUUAAUUCAAAACAUUUGUUUUUCAAUCGGUGUCUGAGCAGACAGUGAAGUUUUGUAUUUGUCCUAAUCUGAGAUUCGGGUUUAGUUUCUUACGAGAUCUGAUCAAAUUGGAAGCUCGCGUGGGGGGGAGGUUUCCAUAUAAGGAAGGUAUGGAAAGUGAGUGUACAACAACAACGAGCUCAACACCACCUCCUCCUCCUCCUCAGGGGACUACUCAAGGGAACCCCAAAUCGCGUCAAGGGAGGACUAGUGGCCCUGCCAGACGUUCUACUCGAGGUCAAUGGACUGCCGAGGAGGAUGAGAUUUUGACAAAAGCUGUCCAUAGUUUUAAAGGGAAAAACUGGAAGAAGAUUGCUGAAUUUUUCAAGGAUCGAACUGAUGUCCAGUGCCUCCACAGGUGGCAGAAGGUCCUUAAUCCUGAACUUGUUAAAGGUCCUUGGACCAAGGAGGAAGAUGAAAUGAUCGUUCAGUUAAUCCAAAAAUAUGGGCCCAAGAAGUGGUCCACCAUUGCUCGAUUUUUACCUGGCCGUAUUGGAAAGCAAUGUCGAGAGAGGUGGCACAAUCACCUCAAUCCUGCCAUAAACAAGGAAGCUUGGACUCAAGAAGAAGAGCUGGUUCUCAUUCGUGCUCAUCAAAUCUACGGUAAUAGAUGGGCAGAGCUAACUAAGUUCUUGCCUGGAAGGUCGGAUAAUGGAAUUAAAAACCACUGGCACAGCUCAGUUAAGAAGAAACUCGAUUCCUAUAUGUCCUCUGGCCUUUUGGAUCAGUACCAAGCCAUGCCUCUAGCUCCUUACGAUAGAAACUCCGCGUUACAAUCCCAUUUUAUGCAGAGUACUAUGGAUGGUAGUGGCUGCGUGAGUGGACAAGCAGAGCAAGAAAUAGAACAUGGUAUAAUGAACAUGGGGCAACCUUUUCACCACCCUUGUGAAAACUCUCACACAAAUGAGCGAGCUGCAUAUCAUCAAGAUCAGUAUUAUUAUCCGGAACUGGAAGAUAUCUCAGUCUCCAUCUCAGAAGCAUCUUAUGACAUGGAGGACUGUUCACAGUUUCCUGAUCAUAACGUCUCGGCGUCCACGAGCCAGGAUUACCAAUUUGACUUCCAGGAACUGUCGGAUAUUUCACUGGAGAUGAGUCAUAAUACGUCAGAGAUACCGAUGACAUACACCAAGGAGAGGAAGGAAGCCUCUCUAGGGGCUCCAAACUCCACGUCAAAUAUAGAUGUAGCUGCGUACACCAACACAUCUGAAACGGAAUGUUGCAGAGUUCUUUUCCUUGAUCAAGAGAGCGAAGGGGUCAGUGUUUCUAGAUCUUCAACACAAGAGCCACACGAGGUCUUGUGUGCAUCAGCUUCAGACAGCCAGGUUUCAGAAGCUACAAAAUCUCCUGUGAAGAGCUCUUCUUCAACGUCCAUUGCAACACCCGCCUCAGGCAAAGAAACUCUUCGGCCAUCUCCCUUAAUCAUAACACCCGACAAGUAUUCCAAGAAGUCAUCCGGAUUGAUAUGUCAUCCUUUUGAGGCAGAACCAAACUGCAGAACAGAUGAAAAUGGUAGCUUCAUAUGCAUCAAUGAUCCUUCAAACUCUACUUGUGUUGAUGAAGGUCCAUCUUAUCAUUUGAAUGAUUCCAAAAAGCUGGUUCCAGUGAACGAUUUUACUUCUCUGGCAGAUGUCAAGCCACAGCCCUCUCUUCCUAAGCAUGAAACAAACAUGUCGAGAGAGCAGCAUCGUGAGGAUAUGGGAGCAUCAUCAUCAAGUCUAUGUUUUCCAAGCCUGGACCUACCUGCUUUCAACGAUCCGGUCCACGAUUAUAGCCCUCUUGGCAUACGCAAGCUGCUGAUGUCCACCAUGACGUGCAUGAGCCCGCUUAGACUGUGGGAGUCUCCCACUGGGAAAAAGACGUUGGUUGGUGCAAAGUCAAUCCUGAGGAAACGCACGCGUGAUCUGCUGACACCUCUAUCUGAGAAGAGGAGUGAUAAGAAGCUUGAAACUGAUAUAGCAGCUAGUCUGGCAAAAGAUUUUUCACGCCUGGAUGUGAUGUUUGAUGAGAGUGAGAAUCAAGAAUCUAUCUCUGGAACUUCACUAGUUAGUCACAGAAUGCCAGAAGAAACCACGGAUGUCAGUAAAUCACUUGAAAAACAACAGCAAACUUGCUUGGAGGCAAAUGUUCAACAUGCUGAAAGUUUCUCCGGUGUUCUUUCUGAGAGCAAUACCAACAAGCAAGUUCUGUCUCCUCCUGGUCAAUCAUUAACCAAAGCAGAGAAGACGCAAGUCUCAACCCCAAGAAAUCAUUUGCAGAGAACUCUCAUGGCUACUUCUAACAAAGAACAACACUCUUCUCCAAGUCUUUGUUUGGUCAUUAACUCGCCUUCUCGAGCCAGAAACACCGAGGGUCAUCUUGUUGACAACCAGACAAGCAAUGAGAAUUUCAGCAUAUUCUGUGGAACUCCAUUCAGAAGAGGUCUUGAGUCUCCCUCAGCCUGGAAAUCUCCGUUUUAUGUAAACUCUCUCUUGCCCAGCCCAAGGUUUGACACAGACAUAACUAUUGAGGACAUGGGCUACAUUUUCAGUCCAGGGGAGAGAAGCUACGAGAGCAUAGGAAUCUUUACACAGAGACACGAGCAUACAAGUGCAUUCGCAGCAUUCAAUGCAAUGGAAAUUUCACUUUCCCCAAGUACUGAUGAUGCAAAGAAGAUGAAGGACUUGGAUAAAGAGAAUAAUGAUCCUCUAAUGGCGGAGGGUCGAGUGCUGGACUUCAACGAUUGCGAGUCUCCCACCAUAACAGAAGAAGUCUCAUCCUACCUCUUGAAGGGGAUGUAGGUAAAAAGGCUAGAACCUCCUUAAAAUACAUAAUAUUCAAUGCACAUACAUGAACAUGUAUAAACAAUGUAUGGUAUCUUCUAUAAACAGAGCUUGUCCCUGCUUGGAUCUAAUUCUCUUCUUCUUUCUAGUGAAUCAACUUGAAUGAAUUUACGUACACUCUGUGUUCAAUA